AGGGUGCACCAUCGUGUCAAUCUGAAGGUGUCACGUGUUAUCGACCACUUCAGGUCUCACGAGCCAGCCGCAGAGUCAGCGAACAGCCUCCGACGUCCAUCGACUUCACUCGGGCACGAGUGCCACAUCAUUGACGUCACUCGGGCAGGAGUGUCACAUCAAGGACGUCACAGAAACUAAGCCGGCUGGAACGCUGCAGCGAAGAUGGCUCAGUUUUAAGCCCUUUGGCACGUGACAAGAUUUUUAUCCGGAAAUCAGUGUGCCGUCCACGCUUAGCUCUGAGUCGGUGUGAAGGCCGUGCAGGGGUCGCAAUGCUGUGGUCAGUGGCGCAUGAAGUGUGCCACUCACCCAGCGCUAAGCUUAUGUAAAUUUUAUAACAUCACUGCAAAAUUGGUGGUAAGAAUUAUGGCUAAGUCAGUAUUGCUGUCGAGUGACCAGCAGCCUGACCUGACCUGACCUGAGCUGGGCUGAGCGGUGACAUUGGACGGUGACGUGGCAGCGUCAUGUACGCCUCUGUCAGUGGUCAUGGUAACGGCGGCGGCUCCAGCCGACACUACUCCAAGAGGGGCGUGCAGGGCCGGCGGGAGCGGUCCCUGUACCGCCGCGUGGUCAACUUUGUCACUCAGUACGUGACCGGCACCCAGUUCAAAACAGACUAUGAGCUGGAGGACUUUGAGGGCGACCGGAGGUACCGACCGCGAGACGUGGCCUCCCUCUCUGCCGACACGCACUUCUCACCCCACGAGGUCAAACGGAUCUACCGCGGCUUCAAGGUCGAGUGCCCGAUGGGAGUGCUUGGAGAGGAGGACUUCAAAGACAUCUACUCACGCUUCUUUCCUCAGCAGUCGAACACUGGAUUGUACGCCCAUUACGUCUUCAAUACGUUCGACAUUAAUUCGACCGACCGCGUCAUCAAUUUUGAGGAGUUCCUCAAGUGGCUGUCACGGCUGUGUCGUGGCACGGCGGAGGAGAAGCUGCGCUGGAUGUUCCGGCUCUACGACAUCAAUAACGACGGCCGGAUCACGCGCGGCGAGAUGACCUCGGUCUUCAUCAGCAUCUACGCCCUGCUCGGCGGCGUUAGUCUGAGCCUGCUUCAGGAGGACUCGGCUGUCGCCGGCAGGGUCGACCAAGUCUUUCAGAGGAUGGACCUGAACGGAGACGGCGUGGUGACGGUGGACGAGUUCCUCGAGUUCUGCUCCUCGGACCCGACCAUGAUGAGCUCACUGGCGCAGCUAGCCACUGUUCUCUGAGAGGAACUGACCAGCGUCCUCUGAGGAACUGAGGAGGACCCACAAUGAGCAAACUCCCGCUGAGGGAAACCCAAAGUCGGCUGCAGUCCUCUGAGAGGAACUGACCAGAGUCCUCUGAGGAGCCGAGGAGACAUCCUCUGAGCAGGCAGACAUCCUUCAAUGAGCAGACAUCCUCUGAGGGAGCUGAGACCGACACUAUCCUCUGAUGAAUCGAGGUGUAGCUGCAACGACCCAACGUCCUCUGCGGGAAACCUGAAUUCGGUCACACUCCUCUGAUGGACGCUGCGGUGAACACAGUCCUCGUAAAGAGGCCGAUUACAUAUAUCAGUGCCCACGCUGAUUAGGCUGGCGUGGCCCGAUCGCAUCACGCAGUGCUCUGUGACGCACAGUGACGCUUCGUGACAUCCCGUGACGUUUCAUGCUGCUCCGUGACGCACCGUGAUCCACCGUUAUGUUGCGUGUCGCUGUUGCGUGUGUUGGACCAGUGAUACCUCCGCACUCCCAUGGGAAGGUGGUGGAUGACAGGGAAACUGUAACUGCGUGACGCUGUCAGGAGGCGCUUCCAGACAAUGUGCUCCUUUAUCUCAAACAGUGAACCGACGAGUGGACAGAGACAUUGCCGGCCAGUGGCCACCCAUCGCCAUCCUGUGCCGAGCGCUGCCGUUAGAGCUGACCGGCCCCUGACGGCCGUCGGCGUGCGGUGACGAGCGGUCGGUGAUCACGACCCGUUCACGACGCGUUGCCCGUCGGGCGUGGCCGUCACCUGCCUCCGAUCGAGACAAACGACCACUCACGAUCGUCGUCGGUCGCCGACGAGCGUCCAUAGCGCCUGCCUGUCCCGACAUCGGCACCUCGUCUGUCCGCCGAAUGGGUCCGAUCAGAGGCGACGAGCGGCGACGAACGGUACGGGACGAGGUGCAGGGAGGUGGCAGAAAUGGGGAGAGGAAGAGAGAGAGAGAGAGAGAGAGAGAGAGAGAGAGAGAGAGAGGGAGAGAGAGAGAGAGAAAGAGAGAGAGAGGUGGUAGCAGACAGACGGAGAAACAGUGAGACAGAGACAUCAUAAAGACAGAGACCGG